GGAUAGACAACGUCUUCAGAUCCUGAGAUCAACGUUUGUAAAAGAGACAAUAUUCGACUGAACAGUUUCUCAGGGAGAUCUGAAUCUUAGUAAUCAUCGGUCGUGCCCAAUUCGGGUCACGGCGAAAACCUUGUGCCAGCAAUAUGACCGGCCUUAUCCCCACAGAAAAGCGUGCAGGGUGGACCAGAUGGAUCGCGGCAAUCCUGACGCUGUCCAUACUCCUAGGAACCACCUCAAGCAAUUCACAAACUACGGACGAUGGCACAUCGUCAUUGCCUUCAUUCCCCACUGUUGAAGAUUCAACAGGGUCGGGAGGUAGCACUGCACCGCCAACAACCCAAGCACCUUAAAACCAACGUUGAUUUCUAACGAAACUGAGUUCCAGCUGGAGGAGGGGAGUGCAGCAAAAUUAGCCUUCUCCUUUCAGUCACCUGCGAUUCCAACUAUCACACCAGGCGAUAUCACAUGGGUUGGACCGAUGGGACAGCUGCCAUUAUCUUCGACCAGCAAGUACCUGUUCUCUGUCAAUCGCCAAAAUUUGACGAUCAAUAACGUGACGUUAAAGGAUGCAGGAAAUUACACCACCAGAGCACUGAAUACAGCAGGAACCGGCUCUGUUACAUUCUCGGUAGAUGUUUAUGUCGUACCAGUUUUUUCCGCACCUCAACCUUUCCAGCUCUUGGCUGUGAAUGAAACCUAUCCACUGAUCGUAGCAUGCCUAUCUUCGUCAUUUCCGCCAGCCUCUGGCUUUUGGCGUCACGAAACUAGUUCGGCAAACAUCGGAAGCGACGGUGUCAACACUGUGAAUACCACAACCAGCUUUGACAAUACCACCCUGCUGAGUACCACUAAAACUGUGCUGACCAUCCCAAACGUCCAACGUAAUUUGAGGGGUGUCUACACCUGUUACGCAUCAAUUCAAACUAAGACGAUGACUAUUCAACGAUCCGUUAACAUCACCGUUGUUGUAUAUGUGAAGCCCAAAUUGAUCAGUACGCAAUCGAACUUGACAAGACUGGAAAACGAAACCGUGCCACUGUCGUUGUAUUGGUUAUACGUAUACCCUCAAAUCAGCCACAUACUGUGGGUUGGACCCACUGGUGCUCUCCCGUCCUAUUCAACGACUAAGUACAUUUUCGCGCCUGGUCGCGCAGGUGUUUCCAUCACUGCACUUAACAGAAGAGAUGCAGGAACGUACACUGCCACAGCCUCAAACGCUGGUGGAUCAGGUUCUACCACGUUCAUUGUGCACGUGAACGUGUUACCAAUGAUAUCUACACCGACUAUUGGACAAAAUGUUACAGUGAAUGAGACUGGCACAUUGAUCAUUCCAUGUUCGACAUAUUCAUACCCCCAGGCUAAUGUUACCUGGCAGGACAACGGGAAUCAAGUUGUGAUGCCUUCUGGGGAUAUUUCAGCUCUGACAACAUCAGGUUAUGAUAACAGCAGCUUGCUCAGCAUCACCACCAGUACGCUAACGAUCAGGAAUGCUUUGUACGCGUACAGUGGUAAAUAUAUCUGCACGUCAACGAUCAAUGUAGCAUCCGGAGUGCAUUCAGCAACCACCUCCGUCAGCGUAACAGUUCAAGUGGGUCCAACAUUUGACGCUCGUAUGCAGCCAUCUUUGUACGUGCUGGAAGGAAGCUCUUUCUUCGUUAACUGUACUGCUUUUGCCAAUCCGGAGCCGACAUUCGCCUGGCAAGUGAAUCCUACGCUAUAUGGGAUAACGUCGUUGAGUUCCUACAGAAACGUGCCGUACUUUACCUCGCUAUAUAUGGAGAGAAGCGUGCAAGUGCGCACAGCUGAUUACAAACACAAUGUAACAUGUACUGCGAGCAAUAUCGUCUCCACAGCGCUAUUCAUCACCCACGUCACAGUCAAUGUGAUGCCAAAGUUUGUGAAUUCGAGCGGAACUCCUGUAGUGUGCAAUGAGCAUCAACACAAUGUAAGCUUGAGUUGCACGUUUCGUGGAAUUGAAAGACCCACGAUUACUUGGGAACGAACGAAUGUCUCCCUGAUGUCGGCAACAAUACGGAAUUUCACCACAACUACAGCACAUACCUAUUCCAGCGUCUUGACGUUCGCUGAAGUGUCCCGCUCAGAUCAAGGUGACUACAAAUGUGUGGGCAGAAAUCCGAAUGGAACUUACUCAGCGCGACUUUACCUGCAGGUGCAAAUUCCUGCGAGGAUUUCAUCUCGAAUGCCUGUUCAAAACGGUGUGGAGAAUACGACCUUGUCUCUGUCAGUCCUGGUGAGCCACUUGGGAGAUCCAGCUGUGCCAUUAUCAAGCCCACUCAAUGUUACCUGGUCAAAGAUGAACCAAUCUACAUGGAGUGGGCUGUCAUCAUUCGCGUCAUUAUCACCGGACCGACUAAACCUUACAUUCAACAAAAUCCAUUAUUCAGAUGCUGGGGAGUAUCAGGCUUGCCUCAUCAAUGCAGCUGGGUCUGCUUGUACCAAUUUCUCCAUACUCUACGAAGAACUCCCGCGCAUUAUUCGUGGACCGGAAGAUGUGCUUGUGAAUGAGAUCGCCACAGUACACUUCCAGUGUAACACCAGUGGCAAUCCUGCUCCAAACAUCACUUGGUACUUCAAUGGAACCGUACUACGGUCCUCAUCCACAGUGCAUAUGAGCGACGGGCCGUUCAGCAAUAUGGCGAUUUUGAAUCGUGGUAGCUUGGGUACAUGGUCACAUGUAACCUUGUUCAAUGUAACCAACGAACAGAGUCAGGGAAGGUACCAAUGCGUGGCCAAGAACAUCCAUUCUCAAGCCAAUAGCUCAGCAGAUCUGACUAUAUAUGUGCGUCCAUUCCAGCUAUCCGCGCCAGAAGACAUUAAAUCAUCCGAAGGUUCAGUAGCCCAGUUCAUCUGUGCUAUGCAUGGAAUUCCCAAGCCCAGGAUCACGUGGUACAAAGACGCUGUGCCUCUCUUCCCGUCAUGGCGUCUCUUUCUGGCAGCCGAUAAUGGUACGUUAACCAUCCGCAGUCUUCGAUACGGAGACGUUGGACAUUACCAGUGCUACGCUAAUAACCAAGACAGUGCACGACCUGAUCUCGGAGGGGCGACUUUCAGCGCACUAGCGCAUUUGGACAUAUAUGUUCCUCCAAAUAUAACUGCUGCUUUCGCUAACCGCAUAGUGUACGAAAACAGCUCGCUAACGUUGAUAUGUGGCAGCUAUGGUAAUCCGACGCCAUCAUUUUCGUGGUUCAAAAAUGACUUGGCGAUAUCAGAAUCGAUGGUCCAAACAGGAAUCAUGACCAAUGCGACCUCCUCAAAGCCGGCUUCAGUCAGGAGCCAACUGUUAGUCAAGGAUAUCUCCUACUGGGACCAGGGAACCUACACUUGUGUCAGCACUGCCAAUAGCACUUCAUAUACAAACGCCAGCAAUUAUUUGGAUUCCGUUAAUUCCUCGUCCACAUUAACGGUUAACGUGGGUCCAAAAUUUGACGCUCGUAUGCAGCCAUAUCUGUAUGUGCUGGAAGGAGGCUUUCUGGUGGUUAACUGUACUGCAUUUGCCAAUCCUAAGCCGACAUUCGCCUGGCAAGUAAAUCCUGUUCUUAGUGGGACCACUUCGUACAGUUCCCAUGAAAGCAAGCCAUACUUUACAUCAAUGUACAUGGAGAGCAACGUGCGAGUGCGCAAUCCUUAUUACAAACACAAUGUUACAUGCACAGCAAGUAAUAUCGUCUCCACAGCGUUAGCCAUCACGCACGUCACAGUCAAUGCGGUGCCAAAGUAUGUGAAUUCAACAAGUGGCAAUACUGUAGUCUGCAAUGAGCAUCAACACAAUGUCAGCUUGAGUUGCACGUUCCGUGGAAUUGAGCGACCCACCAUUUCAUGGACAUCGUUAAAUUUCUCCCCCAUUUCGGGCAUUGUGCAGAAUUUUACCACAACUACCGCGCAUACAUAUUCCAGCGUGUUAACGUUCGCUAAAGUGAACCGCUCUGAUCAAGGGCCCUAUUACUGUGUGGGCAGAAAUCCAAAUGGAACUGAUUCGGCUCUACUUUACCUGCGGGUGCAAAGUCUUCCGAAAAUCAAAGCAAAACAUGGAGAUCAGACGGGCAAAGAGAACAGCUCCCUUUCUCUGGAGGUAACAAUUGAGAACAUUGGAGAUCCACCUGUGCCCACUUCGUCUCAGAACAAUGUAACGUGGUCGAAGAACGGAAACUCAACAUGGAACAUAACAGCUAGACACUUCUUGUCUUUGGACCGGCUGAAUCUGACCUUCAAGAGACUCCACCACUCCGAUACAGGAACUUACACGGCUUGCCUCAUCAAUCCUGCUGGAUCUGCCUGCACUGACUUUACUAUCCUCUACGAAGCAUUGUAUCACUAA